CAAGUCUCAGGGCCGUGGGUCCCCACGGCGAAGCGGGGGGAGCGAGCGGAGCGAGCGGAGCCGCGAGCCAUGCGGCUGCUUCUGGUGCUGCUGGUGGGCUGGGCGGCGGCUGCUGACUACAAUGUGGUGAACUUGGACAACCACACCUUGAAGCUGUUGGUCGGCAAAGACUUGCCCGCUUUCGUGCGCUUUGAUCGAGAUUAUCCCUACGGCGAGAAGGCGGAUGCCUUUAAGGCGCUGGCACAAACUGCCGUGGGCGCCAAGAUUCUCAUCGGGAGCGUCGGCAUCUCCACCUACGGAGAGAAGAUGAACCAGGACCUGGCGGAGGAAUUUGGGUACAAGACUGUGGGCCAGGAGUUGGAGUAUGGCGACAUGGACAAGACUUUCCCCAAGUUCCGGCUCUUCCCCGCGAAUGGGGGCGCAUCGGUGGAGUACACCGGGGACGUGACGGCGGAGGCCAUGACCUUGUUCCUCAAGAAGGAGGCCAAGGUCUAUUUUGGGCUCAAGGGCACGUUGCGGGACUUUGACAAGCUAGCGGCGGAUUUUGUGAAGUCCAAGGACAAGGCUGCGGUGCUGAAGGAUGCCAAGUCUGCGGCUGCGGCGCUGUCAGGCGCGGAGCAGGAGGCGGCGGCCUACUACGUCCGCGCCAUGGAGAAGUCCCAGGAGAGCGGCUGGUUCCAGACCGAGUUCGAGCGCCUCAAGCAGAUCAUCUCCGGCGGCAAGGUGGCGCCUGCCAAGAAAGUGGACAUGCAGCUCAAGGUCAAUCGCUUGAGCUCCUUCGUGUCCCCCUCCGACGAGCUCUGAGCGAGCGAUGGCCGGAGGGUAGCACACUUCCACGGCUAAAGGGCAAAGCAUGUGCCACCGCACCCCCAAACAAGAGAAAAUCCUG